AUGGCACGUCCAGUAUUGCAAACAACAGGCUCACUAGGUGUCUCUUAUAUCAUAUUCCGUGGUGUCAAGCACCUCCUUUCUAAACAUGUCCCUGAAAAAUGGUUACGAGUUGAAGAACAACAAAGGAAUAGAGUCAACGACCUGGCUCAGAAAGUUGGUGGGAAAAUACAGGAUUCGUUGCCUAGUAUCCCUGAAAAGACGCGAAAUAAUAGUGCCCUGUUAAAGACUGUUUAUGAUUCUUUCCAAAAAGUUAAAUUAUAUGAAGUCGCAAUCUAUUUACUCACGAUUCUGGUCGUAGUUAUUUUACCACCAUUAUUAUCAUUACGUAUGGAUAAAAAGAAGAGAAUUGCUUUGGAAGAAUUUGAAAAACGAAACAAAGAAAAUAAUGAUAAGCAUGACGAUAACGAUAAUAUUAAUUUAAGUAAAACUCACGAAGAAGAAGAAGAACCUGAAGAAGAACCUGAAGAAGAACCUGAAGAAGAACCUGAAGAACCUGAAGAGGAGGAAUAUGAAGAGGAAGUAUCAGAGACUAGCAAUGAACUUAGCAAUGGCUCAAUAAAUAAUAACGCCCAGCUUAGUUUAACUAAAUAUGAACAAACUACAGAAGAUGAGACUCCACAAGAACAAGAAUUGCCAGAACUAGAAGGCAUUGAAGAUGAUAAGGAUAUUGAUGAAAGUAAUAUCACUCUAGCGAGCUAUCAUGGUGUCGCAAGUGAUGUAAAUAAUAAUGAAAUUGAAAUUGAAGAAACUCCAGAAUCAGAAGUCACCAAUAUAACUCAUAAUGGGGUUGAUUUAGAGGCAGGAUUUGAAGAAAUUGAUCAGAUUGGUUCCCCUUUACAGCCAGUACAUAUUGAAGUCCCCGAUGAAAAUAUAGAACCUAUAGAAGCAUCAAAUGAUGUCCAAGAGAAAGAAGUACUAGAACCAGAACAAGCAAUUAUCUUGGAAAAAUCUGCCGAACAACCAAGAGAGGUACCUUCAUUGUCAAAUCCAAUUGCCUUAUCUUUUGACAGUCAAAGUUCACUCCAUACUCAAAUGUUGUUCCCAUCAGCAGGAUCAUCAUCUUAUAUUCAAUUUUCACCAACAAAGACAAGUGAUCUGAAAGUGGAGAUUAAUAAGAAGAACGCUUAUUCACAACCCUUCGAAUACUAA